AUUUUUCCAAGUGGGUGUCUGCUGUAGUUGUCUUGUGGUUUUGACCAUCGAAAUUACCCUUUAAAACAAGGCUGCGGCACUCGAAUCCAAAUCCCUCCUCCGUCCUCUCCUCCAAUAUUUUUCAUUUUACCCGCCGCUGCUGCGUCUUUGCUUCCAUUCUCUCUGAAGAAAAAGAAGAGGAGGAGGAGGAAGAAGAAGAAGAAGAAGAAGAAGAAGAAGAAGUGAGCAAUUAGAGGGAUGGUUGUUGACGAUACGAUGGAGAUGAACGUUGUUAUUGGUUUUGGAGGCCCUUCUACUUCGCGAUUCCCCGAUGCUUAUCCCAAAAGGGUUUUGAUGGAGGGGAGAUACACUGGGGAUUGACAUCUUCAGAGUGUUUACAGGGUUAUUUUCUUCAGUUGUUUUUUCUUUUCCCCUUUUGCAAUGGCAAUAUUCUACUCACCAGAAACUAAUAUGAUACCAUAAGAGAUGAGCUGAAAUGGGAGAUUCUCUCCUCACAGCCCUUUCACUGGAGAAUCAUCACCCAUCUACACUUUUAUUCAUGGAUUCGAGUGCCUCGUCUCACGAAGAAUUGGAUUUGGAAAUGAGUAGACAGAUCGUGCUUUCCCGUCCACCCGAUAUUAAUUUACCGCUGUCGACAGAUUGCAGCUACCCUCUGCAGCCAUGGAAUUCUGAUCACUGUAGCAUUUUGGAUGUUGGGCUUGCUUCACAAACUUAUGAGACUGAGAGUUUUCUUACUGUUCCAAAGGUUGUACGAAAAUACACUAAGCGAUUAGACAGCAUUUGGGGUGCUUGGUUUUUCUUUAGUUUCUACUUCAAGCCUGUUUUAAACGAGAAAUCGAAGGCUAAGAUUACCCGUGAUGGCAAUGGUGUUUCGGGGUUUGAGAAAUCGGAUCUUAAGAUUGAUGUUUUUAUGGUUCAACAUGACAUGGAGAACAUGUACAUGUGGGCUUUUAAGGAGAGGCCUGAGAAUGCAUUAGGUAAAAUGCAGCUUAGAAGUUACAUGAACGGGCAUUCUCGCCAAGGUGAGCCUCCAUUCCCAUUUGGUGCUGACAAAGGUUUCGUUCGGUCACACAGAAUGCAGCGAAAGCAUUAUCGGGGUCUCUCGAACCCUCAAUGUGUACAUGGAAUUGAGGUUGUUGCAUCUCCCAAUCUAAUGACUCUCGAAGAAGAUGCACGGAAGAGAUGGGUUGAACUAACAGGCAGAGACUUUAACUUCACUAUCCCACCUGAAGCAAGUGAUUUUAGCUCAUGGAGGAACAUUCCUAGCCCAGAUUUUGAACUUGAGAGGCCAGUUCCUUCCAUCAAAAGUGCUUUAAAUCCUCAACCGAAGAAAUUGCUUAACGGAUCCGUGCUAAAUUUAUCAAAUCAGAUGUCGAACCACAGCAACUGUGAUUUGAUGGAUUUGUCACCUGUUAUCAGCAAGAGGAGGAAAAGUUCAUCUCCUCAAAUGAACGAUGAUGAUUGUGUAUUGACUGUCAAUCCUCCCGAUUGGAUUUCAGAUAUGGACAAGCAGUCGAACAGUCUGCAGUGGUUGAACGACUUUAGCGGAGUUAUGAAGAACAUUCACGGGCCCGUAACAGCUGCAAAGACGAUAUAUGAAGAUGGUGAAGGUUAUUUAAUAAUCAUCAGCUUGCCCUUUGUGGAUCUGCAAAGGGUGAAAGUUUCGUGGAGGAAUACGCUCACACAUGGUAUUAUUAAGGUUUCUUGUGUAAGCACAUCUCGCAUACCGUUCAUCAAGAGGCACGAUAGAACUUUCAAGCUUUUCGAUUCGUCUACGGAACAUUGUCCUCCAGGUGAAUUCGUGAGAGAAAUUCCUCUUUUAACCCGAAUUCCUGAAGAUGCUAACAUUGAAGCAUACUAUGAUGGACCAGGAUCUGUUCUUGAGAUUAUGGUCCCCAAACUCCGGGAAGGUUCAGAAGAACACGAGGUCCACGUUUGCCUUCGACCGCUCCUCGGAGUUAAAUCUAAUGUUAAGUUGAGAUAGGCACUUCUCGAAGAGAACUAAAGGUUAUUGUCCUGUUCCCAUGGUUGAUCUGUGAACGGUCUACUAACUUAUACUGCAAGAUAGAAUUUUAUGAACCUCAAUCUGCUUAUCACAUUUUUCUCUUUCAAUUUUCGUUAUUAGUCUUACGCAUAUGUCUCAUUCUGAUAGAACCCGCUCGCUGAUCAUCAAAGUCAUGAUUCUUUUACUUGAGAAAAGGCUGCUGAAUAUUUGGUUAAUGCCAAUACUGAAACUUAUUCUACUUCUACUGCUGCGUUACCAGAUGUGUAUUCAGUAUAUUACAGAACAAUGAAGGGUACCCGGUUCGAAUCUAACUUUCUGUUAGUAGCGGCCUUCGUUCUGAAAAAAAGGAGGAGAAAAUGAUACGAUUCGAAAUCUCCUGGCAUUAUGGCUGCUACAUAAUGUCCAUAAAUACUUGUCUGUAGACAUAUUUAACCGAAGUUGAUGCAUUCUGAGAAUUGUGUUGCAAAAGAUGCUUGUGAAUUUCUUAUCUUGUUGGAUGUAAAAUCUCGAGGAAGGCGAGGGAUCGCUGUCUCAGGAUAUUAUGAAGUUGUAAAUUGUAGUUGUUGCGUCGAUAUGAAUUCGGGUGUUCUCUGUUUACUUGACUGAUUAUGUGACUUGAAUAUUGUAUACGGUAAAACCCAACCAA